AUGGCUUCGCGGUGCUCAGGCGGGUCACUGCACUUCUUGCCAUUCUUGUACCCUUCAUUGUUCCUGAACAAGGCCACAGGAACAUCUCGUCUAGCCGCCACCGCGGUUCAAGUGCGGCACCACAUCGCCGAAGCCUCAUCCCAGGAGCCUCCAUCCUCGAGACUUGACCCAAGGCCUGACGACUACUACGUGACCAAUUUCGCCGACAAGGCUAAGCUCAACAUCUACGCUGGCGCAGGCGGCGGCGGUUGUAUCAGUUUUGCCCGCGAGGCCUACUUGCCCGAUGGCCCGCCCAAUGGUGGCGACGGAGGCCAUGGCGGCAACGUCUAUAUCCAGGCCGUCCCUGGCGAAACAUCGUUACAUAAGUUAGCACGGAGACGGUUCAUCAGAGCGACGAGGGGGACAAAUGGGCAGGGCAGCAACAAGGCAGGAAAGCGUGGCGAGGAUGUCAUCAUUACAGUGCCUGUGGGCACAGUCGUUCGCGAACUCAGCCGCGAGGACCCCGAGAUCGAAGAGCAGAUUCGUCGACGAUUAUACAAGACGCGCAAGUCCUUGCCCAACCCUGAGAAUGGCAGCUCCGAAGGUGCAACGGGGGCACCACCCGAGGAACAGCAGUAUGACAACCCAGAACUGGACAAGUGGAUCCUAUACCCUGGUAUAUCAUCGUCGGAAAAGAAGAGAAUUCAGGUGCCCGAUCUUCCAAGCCGUGAUAAGCUCUUUGCCCAGCCUCCCGCCCCAAUCAAGUUGGACUUGUCUAAGCCAAUGCCGCGACCGGUACUCCUCGCGGCUGGCGCACUCGGUGGGCUGGGCAACCCGCACUUUGCUUCUCGCGAAAGGCCCCGACCAUUGUUCGCCACGAAGGGGGACAAGGCAAUAUCGAUGCAAAUAGAGCUGGAAUUGAAGCUUCUCGCGGAUGUUGGGCUGGUCGGCCUUCCCAACGCCGGGAAGAGCACGCUGGUACGAGCCUUGACCAACAGCCGGGCGAGAGUAGGCGCUUGGGCGUUCACGACAUUGCAGCCCAAUAUCGGAACCGUGGUACUGGACAACAACCGUGGCAGGCCCGUGGUCACGAGCUACCAUCACCAGGAUGUGCAAGACAGCUGGGAUGGAGACACUGAGGUGGUGCAGAGGACGAGGUUCACCAUUGCAGACAUCCCAGGACUAAUUGAGGGUGCGCACCUAGACAGGGGUUUAGGCAUCGCAUUCCUGCGGCAUGUGGAGAGGGCUGGUGUCCUGGCUUUCGUGAUUGACCUCAGCGCUGGGAAUGCAGUGAAGGCGUUGAAAGCGCUGUGGAUUGAGGUCGGGCUGUACGCCCAGAUGCGCGAGGAGGAAGAGCAGGAUAGGGAACGAGAGGCUAGGAUUGAGAAAGGUCUCGGCCCUGAGGCCGAGGACGAGGAGGGGUUCCAGUGGGGGCAGAACUGGCCUAUCCACUCAGAGUAUCCCAACGCGCCGGCGAAGCAGACGGGACUCAACAUUGCGGGCAAGCCAUGGUAUGUGAUCGCGACCAAGGGUGACUUGCCAAACACCCAGGAGAACUUCGGGGAACUGCGGGAGUACCUGACGAGGGUCACCGGUGGUGAUGAACCACACCCAAGUGGCAUCAAUGGUGCUUGGAUCAAGGACUGCGCGGCAAUCCCAGUCAGCGCACUCAAGGGGCAUGGCGUGGACAGAGUCAUCCAGUGGACUGUUGGGUUACUUGACGGGUGA